UUUUGCAAUUUCUGAGUUUCUCCAAUUCAAGAUUUACAUACGAAAUAUUCUGAUUAUUCUAAUCUGAUAGUUCCAUUCACUGAGCAGCCGAUAAAAUAUCCAACAAUGCCCAAUACUCCGCCGUCAACCAUGGCUUCAGGUUCACCAGAUUCUGCGUGGAAGCUAGCGGACUUCAUUCAGCAGAUGUGGCUGAGCGGGGACCUGUUUGAUGUGCACUUCACCGUGGGCCGCGAGUUCGGUCAAACUAGGGACUUCGCCGCGCACAAGUUCGUCCUCGCUGCUCGCAGUUCCGUGCUCCGUGCCAUGUUCUACGGCAGCCUAUCUGAGAAAUGUGAGACCGCUCUCGAUAUCCCGGACAUCCAUCCAGAAGCGUUUGGAAAUUUGCUCAGUUUUGCCUACGCUGAUACUGUGGAAAAUCUCACCGAUGACAACGUUCUCGCGACGAUGCGCUGUGCUGACAAGUACUAUAUGCCGCAGCUGAUGGCAGUGUGCUCCGAAUUCCUCGUCAGCCACCUUAAUCUGGAGAACUGUCUGGCCUUCUUGGACGAGGCAAUCCAAUGGCAUGCUGAGGGUGUGGUGCGCCAGUGUCUGGAAUUGGUGGAUGUCAAGAGCUACGAGAUCUUCCAGUCGCAGCAGUUCACGGCCAUCAGUCCGGAGGCACUGCAGAUGAUCCUGCAGCGCAGCACGCUGAUUGUGAACGAAUUUGUUCUUUAUCUCGCUACGGAAAAAUGGGCCGCGGCGACCUGUGCGCGGAACAACAUGGAUCCAUCCGGCGCCAAUCUGCGCCGCAUGCUGGGCGACGCUGUCUUCCUUAUUCGAUUUCCGUUGCUGACUCGUACGCAACUGGCUGGUGGCCCGGCCUUGAGAGGUCUGCUGAGUGAAUCGGAAAUCUCCAGCAUCAUCAUGUACCACCGUGAAGCCGUCCCUCCCGUUUUCCGCGGAACGGCGUGCGGGACCCCGCCCGGCACUGGAUCCGCUGAUGAUCCAGUGUGGGGACAAUGUUUUCAUCCGCACCGCCGAAGGAGACGUUUGGGAGCCCGCUAGAGUCGUGCGCUUCACUCCUCCGUUACAGCUGUCGUAUAUACGGUAUCGGCAGGGUGAAGGCCGCCUCGGCAGUGUUACGUUGGACCGGGUGCUGCGAGGCGCGGAUAUUCUGGAGCAUGGACUGUCUCUGCAAGUGGGCACCCUCUCCAUGGAUGGAUACCAGGAUGGCACGUAUGACAGCACGGCGGGUAGUGAGCAUCGGGCCAACUGCAACGGGCAGAGCGUUGUUGUUCCGUUCUACUGUUUUCGGCUGUUGGACCAUCAGGUCGUGUCAUGGAAGACGAUCAACGGGAAGAUUUAACGAGCCUGGUCGAUGCUGAUAAUUUGUCACUGAUAGAAUGUCAGAAAACGAAUAAAUAGUAUAUAUGAUCAAAUUUAUAUAACAGUACUGCUUUCAUAAACGAUUAAUAAAAUACAAGUUUACGAUUUGUUUUACAUGCGAUUAGUUUACAUACAAUAUUUGGA